UUGGGACGACCAAACACAAUUAUGAAUGAGGAGAAAAGGUCCAUUUGGACAUCUGUGGCUCUUGCCAAUGCUCUGAACGACAUUGGCGUCAAUGUGGAAACGAUUCAAUUGAGAAGAGCAACGUGGCUUUAUAUUGAAGCUUUGUUCACCAUCAAGGAAAAGGCAAUGGACAGCGAUGUUGAUGUAUACAUUUUUGGAAGCCAAACCGAAGGUACUACGACAGAUGAUAUGCACUCAGACAUGGAUAUGUUAAAGAACGACAGAACAGUGUCGGUUAUUUAUGACAUCGCAGACUGGAAGUUUGGGCCCGUCCAGUUAUUUAUGGUUAUGGACAUGUCGAGUCCGCCCCAGUGUUGCUGUCUGCAAGGCGUUCAGCUUAUUAAUCCUGAAUUGGUGACGGAGAGAAAGCUUCCAGAUCAUCAUAUAGAUGCUCAAGGGCGGGUAUUCGUGAAAAACACUCUGAACGAAAUGGGGGACCAAUGGGGGUGCGAUCUAUAUGGUAUUAGCCAUGUUAGACAUGGUCCUUCGCGAACCUUGGGCGAAGUGAUAGAUUUGGUCCGAGCAUUUCACUGUGCAAAACUGCCUGCAGAUUGUCAGUUUAUUUUCCGAAGACCAAAGCCCGGGCAUUGGCCUAGCCAGGAAUUGUUGACACAGCUAAAGGAUAGCGGGGUAUUCCUUGUUCCGACUGCUCUUGUUGAGAACACAACAAACUGGGACCCUGGUCAUCACCUAGCAACAUUAACAGUGCGAACCUAUGGCAACUCUCAUGAGCUUUAUUGGAGAUUAUCUACCAAUUUUAUGGAGCGACUUUUGAUGUUCGAUCUUACAAUAACGCAAAUUAAAGUGUACGUAGUCAUGAAAAUGAUCAGAAAAGAGUUUUGCAUGCCGCUUGUUGGAGACCGCUUAAGCACGUUUCACUUGAAAACUGCAUUGCUGUAUAGUGUGGAAAGGUCUCCGCACUGCGUUUGGAAAGAUGACAAUCUUAUCCAAUGUUUGAAACUUUGUUUGACAACAUUAAGGCGAUGGUUAAAAGUGCGAUAUUGUCCACAUUACACGACGGCUAAUGUGAAUUUAUUUGCCGGUAAACUUCGAUGGAAUGAGUUUCCCGUAUUGGUAAAAUUAUUCACGGAUAUAAUCCGUAACGAUGUGUCUUGUUUGCAUAAUGUCAAAAUGGACGAUCUUGGUAACCGUUUAUCAUCGAUUUCCACAGACAGUACAUGUGGGAUUUUAUGUGAAUAUCUGGAUAUCUUUGUUGCCGGAAAGUUGUUUCAAUAUCUGAUCCUUAACGUGUGCGUCUAUAUGCCCUUAACUGGGUUGUUCCGAGCAGCAGGUACAUUAGAAGUAUUAUAUUAUAAUUCCCAGAUAGUUCAAAAUCUUGAAACAAUGCAUAAAACUUGCAAUGAAACCAUUCGUUCAGCAGUUUCUAUUGUAUUACCAUUCCAUUAUUCCAUUCAGGCUUCAAUGAAAGCAUCGCUCAGUAUCGGUCAGAAUCAAAUAUUACCAGAGGAGAUAUUCACAUUGUGUAAUAAGUCUCUCACGUCCGACGUGACCUCGAGUCGCCUCAAGUUGGCGUCGAUAUAUUUCUCGUUACGGCGUUUUAAAGAGGCAGAUGCAAUUCUGAGGCAAGUAGACGCUCUUAUUUCUAACAAAGUUAUGCAUUACAGACCUUUCAGGGAAUUUAAGUUAGACUCAGACGUGCUUAAACGGCGAAAAGAGUUCCCAGACAUUUUGCAAAACGAGAUUGCUAUGUGUACGAUUUUUAGCCGGCACGAAAUAAAUUGUGUCCCAGGGCAGCUGGUCGCUGAGUUCUAUAGAACGGUAACGAAGGAGGAUGCAGAACACCGUCACCAAAUUGUCUUUAAUGUCUGGUUGGACCAUGCAGUGGUUGAUUCGAAGACGUACAUGUAUUACCUUAAGUAUUUAACAUCACAACUUAAUGGAUUUAUCAGCGACAAGCACAGUGCGUUUGACCAUCUCCAAGAUCACGUGUUUUCAGAUCUCGAAGAUCAUUUGAAUAAAGAUGACGUGUUUUCAGACGAAGUCAUGUUAGCUCAUUUCGAAACCUCACUUAAUCUGCUAGGACAUUGUUGGGAGCUGGAGGGCGGGUUGUCAAACGCUUGGCAUUGCUAUCAUAUCUCAGUGAGAAUUAAACCGCACAACAACGCCGCUUACUGGCACAUGUUUAGAAUGAUUGGGGGCCUCAUUUAUGGGCCUUGAAAUGUUAUCCAGCUUACAUUGUGCUACUCAGUGUGCAAAUAUACAUGGACAAAAUAGAUAACAUUCGAUCAUUGUCCCCUUUCGGUUUCACCGGAGGCGACUUAUUGUUUGCGCUCUGUCUGUCUGUCUGUCUGUCAGUCACACUUUUCUGGAUCCUGCGAUAACUUUAAAAGUUCUUAAUAUUUUUUCUUGAAACUUGCAACAUGGAUAGAUCGCAAUAUGGACAUUAUGCACGUCAUUUCAUUUUGUUCCUACGCAAAAAUUCUGGUUGCUAUUGCAACAAAUAGACUAGAAUUACUUCUGAAAAUGGUGGUUUUCUGGAUCCUGCGAUAACUUUAAAAGUUCUUAAUAUUUUUUCAUGAAACUUGAAACAUGGAUAGAUGGCAAGAUGGACAUUAUUCACAUAAUUAAAUUGUGUUCAUACGUCAAAAAUUCUGGUUGCUAUGGCAACAAAUAAACACAAUAAUUCUGACAAUGGUGGGAUUUCUGACAAUGGUGGAGCCGGUAGGGGACUAUAUUGCUUGGCAAUAGUCUUGUAUAUACUGUGUUAUACUGUGUAAUAUUUACAAGAUCGGUAAGGAUCACAGUUGUAAUCAUUUCAUUUUUCGCAUAGUGUUGUAUGUUCUGUCCUGUAUUGUAAAUACAAAUUGAUAAAUUGCCUUAAAAGGAAUAUUUAAUUGUUUACGAGUGUCUCUCUUUGUGAUGUCUAUUAGGUUUCAAUAUUAAUCUAAUUGAAGCUACAGCACCUCGAAUCGUGCUAGCUGAGUGGAUUCAUUAGUACGUAUUCCGGUUCAUUCACAAUGCUAUCGUAGUUCUGUCUUUAAAGUUGUUAGAGGAGGGAAAACUUGCUAUUACG